GGUUAGACCCCCCCACGGGAUGACUGAGACUUGAAAUUCCUAUAAUCAGCCUAGACGGCGGUUAUAAUGUUGAGUUAAAAGCAAGAAUUACAAACUGGAAAAGGUGAUGGAUCCAACACCUACACAUGUUGGUGUUAGUCAAGACAGCGUUGGAAUGUUCAGCAAUGCGAACGCGGAAUGCGAUUGCUCGUGCGUUGUUGCGGAUGUUUAGGGUGGAUAAUCGGUACGCUGGGGAGAUGCCUGGGGCAGGAGAUUCUGCAGAGAAAAUCUGGGGGCGAGGGGGGGUUUAUACUCCGAGGGAAAGUGCGCGCCUUCCCAAUUCGGCUCCGCCGAUGCGCUGCCGGCGACAGGCCAACUCCAUUGGCGGGCGCUCAACACUAACAUGUGGCGAGAUCGAUGCCAGCCUAGCGGAGGCCAAGGUACCGUCCUCACAGGACUCCUGUCUACGCCUCGUCCGAGCAUACAUCCACUGUAGCCAUCACCUAUAUGAUUGCUGCCACUCUCGGCAGCGCCUAACAGAUUGGAUAUCCCCUCCCUUAGUCGGUUUGACGUCGGUGGUAUCGUUCAUGGAUGGUCUAUCGGAUCUGGGUACGCAGAAUGCAUGCUGCUGAACCUAAGUGCCGUAUCUAGUAAUCGAGGAAUUGGGCAUCCCGACUGAUCAACCGAUCUGCGGGUUGUGUGAUAGCAACGCGCCUGCAUUCAUGCAUACCAGAUUCAUUUACGCUCGUUCGCCCGGGAACUAGGCCAGCCACACCCAACCGUGAGCCA